AUGUAAAAUUAUUACCGAUACCGUUUGCACGUAUUAGCUUCUGGGCUCUAGGGUUUUAUAUUCAGGGUUGCCUUUGAUUCUAUUAAGUGCUACUGCUAGGUCUCUUCAUUUUAAAGCUGAUGUUUAGGCUCCUUACGAUAUUCCUGUGCAAGACAGUGUCGUGUCAAGAAGAUCCACAAUAUCAAACACAAUUAUAUUGCAUAUUUAAUUUACUCUGAAGCUGCAUGUGUUCACUGCUCACAAGAUGUCCAGCAAUGCAUCUAAAGAGACCACUGAAGAGCGUGCUGUGAUGUCGGACACACCGGCCGGGGACUCGGGCGGCGCGGCGGCCACCCCGGAGCCGGCCCGGUCAGAGGCUGGCUCGGACCGGGACUCGGGUGACGCCACGCGGGCACGCCGCGGGUCCGGCGAGCCCGCGGCGCCCGGUGACGCGGACUCGCCGCGCGCGGAGGCAGACGAGCCGCCGACCUCGCCGCCGGCUGACGGCAGUCCCUCAGAGCCCAUGGAAGCUGCCGGCUCGGAGGGCGCCCGUGAGAGCACUCCACCCGUCGGCGACGGCGAGACAGCGUCGAACGACGACGACGACGACGACAUUGGUCUGGGAUACGAGGCCCGACUGUCGAGCUCGUCGCCCGACUCCGACUCUGAGAUGGAGUACGACGAGGCGGCGCUGUCGGCCGCGCUGGCCGACAUGAAGAAGAAGGCUGAGGAUGUGAUGCAGAAGCCGAGGCCGCGCCACACCUGGUCGCUGGUGAGGGAGCUGCACAAGCGGCAGCUGGGCGGCCGGCCGGCGCUGCUGCAGCAGGACAGGUUCCGGCUCCACCUGUGCAGCUCCCUGCACGCCGUGGAGCGGCUGGAGCUCAUGGACAAGCUCUGCUUCCACGAGGGCUGCGUCAACUGCCUCCACUUCAACAGCUCGGGCGACCUGCUGGCCAGCGGCUCGGACGACCUCAACGUGGUCGUGUGGGACUGGCAGCGACAGCGCAAGGCCUAUUCGUACAACUCGGGACACAAGAGCAACAUCUUCGAGUCCAAGUUUGUGCCGCAGCGCAGUGACACGCACAUCGUUUCGACCAGCCGGGACGGCCAGGUGCGGCUGGCCGAGAUCUCUCCGGCCGGCGAGUGUCGCUCGGUACGCCGGCUGGCGCAGCACCGCGGCUCCGGCCGCAAGCUGGCGCUGCCGGCCCACUCGCCGCAGACAGUACUCUCGUGUGGCGAGGACGCUGUGGUGUUCAACAUCGACCUGCGCGACCGCCAGCCGGACAGGCUUUUGGAAUGCAUGGAUAACGGCAAGAGGAUCCCGACCAACUCGAUCGCCUGCCACCCGGACAACGACAACGUGUUUCUGCUGGCCUGCAUCGACAAAUACGUGCGCGUGUACGACCGUCGGAUGAUCGGCAGCGAGCAGUCGGCCUACCGCCGCCUCUGCCCCCACAGACUGCUGGAUGAUGGACGGGGCCGCUACAGCGUCACAUGCGCCGUGUUCAGCUACAACGGCGCCGAGAUCGUCGCCUCCUACAACGACGACGAUGUGUACCUGUUUGACGCGGCGCACUCGGACGGCGCCGACUGUGUGCACCAGUACUCGGGCCACCGUAAUAGCGCCACCAUCAAGGGUGUGAACUUUUACGGCCCGAGGAGCGAGUACAUCGUCUCGGGCUCGGAUUGCGGCAACAUCUUCUUCUGGGACAAGAACACAGAGGCGAUUGUCCAGUGCAUGCCCGGCGACGAGAAAGGCGUGGUUAACUGUCUGGAGCCCCACCCACACAUGCCGGUGUUGGCCACCAGUGGCCUGGACGACGACGUCAAACUGUGGAUCGCCUCCAGAGACCAGCCGCAGGACCUAUCAUGGGUGCAGGAGACGGUGCAGAGAAACCUACAGGAGCGCGUCGAGGAGACGCCGUCGGCCGACUCUCUGGGCGGCAGUCUGAUGUGGACGCUGAUGCAGCAGGUAUUCGGAGCGCAGCGGCGGGCCAGACACCAGUUGUUCAGUAACGAACUCGACCUGCAGUCCUCGGACGAGAGUGACGAUGCAGACGAUGGCCCGACUCCGGGCGACUGCCGCACCUCCUAGUCGAUCGUCGACAGCGGUCGGCUGCCGCCCGGCCGCGCGCGGAGCGGGUGAUAUUGUGAUGCGCUUAUGGCUAUAUGAUGCUGGCCUAACCAGGGGUGCAGCUGUGGCGGCUUCUCAGAGGUUACAUCCGGCCCGAUGGGUGCGCUGCUGGGCUUGUUAUGUUUCCAACGAAACGGCAAAGAUUUCAACACGUUUGCGUGGGCCUCAAUGACAGAAAACGGCGUAGCUUUGUUUCGACAGAAGUCCAAGAUACAACGAUAUCAUUUAUCAGGCAACGGUGACAAUCGUAAACGAAUCUGGCAGGAGUUAUUUAAUUGGUAUAAACUGGCAACUUUUCUAGAACAGACACUGACGAUACGAUUAUUCAGAGCGAUACGUAAGUUUCAGGAAUAUGGUACUUAUUAACUCCUUGGUGAGGCUUGAGUCAUUUGUCACGAUUUUCACACUUUUCGAAAUUAAACGAGAAGUUAUGAGUCGUCUUGAGAACCUGAGCUACCUAAAAGGCCGCCUCGAUUUGCCAAUAGCCGAGCACCAGUGUGAUUGUAAACUGUGAGUGAUCGUCGAUAAUGCAUAACUGCAGCGCUCCGGUCCCGUUAGGCUCAGUCGCCCCGGCGUGUGCAGUGUGGCUGGGGUGGACCCGUUAGGUAAGGGCCGCUGCGGGACGCCGUCCCGGCAGUCUCCCUUCGACCGCUCCGCCAGGGCUCCCCGCGCGGCGAGCGUCUCGCGCUCGGAUUGUUCUCCCGGCCGGCCCCUGCGCCUGGCGACCGCCCGGUCCCUGCCGGCGCCACAGGGCUGCGGGCAGGGCAGGGCAGGUGGCCGCGCGCGCACCAUGUAUCCAUAUAUUGUCAAAAACAUGUACAAGCAGUACUGUGAAAAAUACAUAAUUAUAUUGCUA